AUGUCGUCUUCAACAGACCCCGAGGUCACCGCCUCCAAUGUCGCUCACAUCCUCCAGAACGACCGCAAAGUCAAGGUAGCUGGCGUCGACGUGGACGGCAUCCUGCGCGGGAAACUCAUGCGCAAGGAGAAGUUCCUCUCCAUCGUGACCGAGGGCUUCGGCUUCUGCUCCGUGAUUUUCGGCUGGGACCAGCACGAUGCCACCUACUACCGCGAGCUAGCCAUCAGCAACAAGGAGAACGGAUACCGCGACCUGGUCGCCGUGCCGGAUCUCAGCAGUUUCCGCCGCAUUCCCUGGGAGGACAACGUGCCGUUCUUCCUGGUUAGUUUCUUGGACCCCGACACGCGCGAACCGGUCUGUGCGUGUCCACGGGGGUUGAUGAAGAGCACGGCGGCGAAGGUGGAGGCGGGGGGAUAUCGGGCCAUGGCUGGAGCCGAGUAUGAAUUCUACCAGUUCCGCGCGCCGGGCGACUAUUCCACGCCGGAACGCGCUGCGUCCGCGACGGCCAGUUUUCUGCAGACGAACCCUGCGAAUGCGCUGCCUGCACUGACGGAGGGAAUGUUUGGAUACUCGCUCACGCGACCCAUUCACAACCAGGAUUACUUCUAUGGCAUCUUUGAUGCGUGCGAACAGUUCCGCUGCGAUCUUGAAGGGUGGCAUACGGAGAGUGGGCCGGGCGUGUUCGAGGCCGCAUUACAAUUCGGAGAGGUGAAGGAGAUGGCCGAUAAGGCCGGGCUGUUCAAAUACGUCGUCAAGGCCUUCGGCAUCAAGCAUGGUAUCACGCCGUGUUUCAUGGCCAAGCCGCGUCAAGGGCUCCCCGGGAAUAGCGGGCACAUGCACAUCUCGCUCGUGAACGCAGACGGCUCGAAUGCCUUCCUGCGCGAUUCCCCGGACCCGUCCCCGCCUUAUCCCGAUGUCGCGCAUCUCUCCGACCUGGGACGGCACUUUCUGGCGGGGCUGCUGGACGGGUUACCGGACAUCAUGCCGCUCCUGGCGCCGACGGUCAACUCCUACAAACGGCUGGUCGAGAACUUCUGGGCCCCCGUCACGGUCUCAUGGGGACUGGAGCACCGCGCGGCAUCUAUUCGGCUAAUCACGCCGCCCACCGCCAGCCCCAAGGCCACCCGGUUCGAGGUGCGCACGCCCGGCGCCGACACCAACCCUCACUUCGUCCUGGCGGCCAUUCUGGCGCUGGGGUGGCGCGGAGUCGAGAAGAAGCUCGACAUCCCUGUGCCCCCGCUGUCCAAGGGCGAGGAAAUGGGCGGAGCCAGCGACACGGGCGUGCGUCUGGCCAAGUCGUUGAAAGAGGCCACGGCCACAUUCAUGCGGCCGGACAGCGUCGCGCGGGAGGUGUUUGGAGAUGCCUUUGUCGACCAUUUUGGAGGGACCCGGGAGCACGAGGUGCGGCUGUGGGAGGAAGCCGUGACGGACUGGGAGCUGCGGCGUUAUAUCGAGACGGUUUAA